CUGCAUUUUUACCUUUACUUUCAAGAUUUCUUAAGUACACCAUUAGAUUGAAAAGCUAAGAACUGAAAUUGUGUCAUAUUGGACCUGCAGUUUGCUCAUAGGAAAUGUAUACAGAGAUGGUGCAACAAAAAAGGUGACAUAACCUGUGAAAUCUGUAAUAAGGUCUUUUCACCAAACUAUACCCUUCCACCUGCAAGAAGCAACCCUGAUGUAAUGGCAAUUGAUAUCAGGCAAGCAUGGGGCCCCGGCAUGGAUAUUAGAAACCCUCAUUUUCUGGCUUUUGCCACAGCUGAGCGUCAAUUCCUUGAAUCGGAGUAUGAUGACUAUGCCAUUGCUAGCAGUGGGGGUUUAGCAUUUUUCCGCUACGUUGCAAUCAUCUUGAUGCUACUCUUGCUGAUUCGCCAAACAUUGAUGGUCACAAGGGACUUUUCAAUGGUGCAGGACUCAUCUACAUUCUUCAAUUUUCAGAUUUCACUUCUACAGCUGGUGGCUUUCCUCCUCCCUUGUUAUGUAAUGGCUCGGACAUGGUACAUGAUACAAUGCCGAAGAAGGAGGCAGGGUUAAGAAGGAAGCCAUGGUUGGUAGCAUGACCUUUUGCAGCCUUUCUCGUCUCUAAUGUUGGACAAAUGCUGCUGCUGUACAUCAACCUUCUCUUUCCCUAAUAUCUGUAUUUAUCUUCCAAGGUGCAAAAGUUAAGCUUAGCACUUUGGUGCUGAAAAUCCCUUAGCUCUUCCCCAGUUUCUCCUACCCGUGAACUCGUAAGCAAAUGUAAAUAUGUGAGGAUUUGAGUUCACUAGCGGUUUCUAUCACCUUGUUCUAUAAUAUCAGAUAUUGGAUGUCACUGAAACAAUUGGCCAUCCAUAUGAAAUUUCUAAUGGAACAGUAAGUUAUCUGCA